AGGAAUGACUUGCUGAUGGUGUGCCGCCAGCUGAAUAUGGAGGAGUCUGUCGUGGAGAUCAUGCACCAGCUGGGAGCAGAUGAAAAUGGAAAAGUUUCCUUCCAGGAUUUUAGUCAGUGCCGCAUGGAACUGGUACGAGAAAUCAGGAAGGAGGAAGUGGAGCUUUCUGUGAUAUCGGAUGACUCUUGUAAAAAGAAAGAGUUAAGGGAUAGGAUAGCUUCCUGGCCAACUAGCAGCAAUAACAGUUUAGGUGCCUUAUCGGGAGCCAGAGAAAGCUGGGAAUAUGAUUCAGGAGCAAGAGACCUUCAGAGUCCGGACUUCCAGAGUCAUUGUAGGCUACAAAAGGUGUUGGAGUAUGGUGGAAGCAAUGUGACUCAACAGGCUGCUCUGAAAAGGCUUCUAGCUCAGGCCUCAAAUUUUAGCAACUCUGUUGGAGGAAGCUACUUAGAACUUGCCAACACUCUUCAUCUAGCAGCCCUGGCUUCAUUAAAAGGAGACAUAGUGGAGCUUAAUAAACGUCUACAACAAACAGAAAGGGAGCGUGACCUGUUGGAAAAGAAAUUGGCAAAAGCACAGUGUGAACAAUCCCACCUAAUGAGAGAGCACGAAGACGUGCAGGAACGAACAACACUUCGCUACGAGGAAAGAAUCACAGAGCUGCACAGUAUCAUUGCUGAAUUAAAUAAGAAAAUUGAUCGACUACAGGGAACAACAAUAAGGGAGGAAGAUGAGUAUUCAGAGCUGCGGUCAGAGCUCAGCCAAAGCCAGCAUGAGGUUAACGAAGACUCACGCAGCAUGGACCAGAAUUCUGUUUCAGUACCAGAGAAUCAGUCCACCAUGGUCACCGUGGACGUGGAUAACUGUAGUGACUUGAAUUCAGAACUGCAAAGAGUGCUGACGGGUCUGGAAAAUGUUGUCUGUGGGAGGAAGAAAAGCAGCUGCAGUUUGUCGGUGGCAGAAGUGGAUCGGCACAUUGAACAACUCACUACUGCCAGCGAACAUUGUGAUUUAGCCAUUAAGACCGUAGAAGAGAUUGAGGGUGUACUGGGACGUGACCUUUACCCGAACCUAUCUGAAGAGAGAUCUCGAUGGGAAAAGGAGCUGGCUGGCUUGCGGGAAGAGAAUGAGAGCCUCACGGCCAUGCUGUGUAGCAAAGAGGAGGAGCUGAACCGGACCAAGGCCACCAUGAACGCUAUUCGUGAAGAGAGGGACAGACUGCGUAGAAGGGUUCGGGAACUGCAAACACGUUUGCAAAGUGUGCAGGCAACAGGCCCAUCCAGCCCAAGUCGUCUCACUUCUGCCAAUCGACCCAUCAACCCCAGCACGGGAGAGCUGAGCACAAGCAGCAGUAGCAAUGACAUUCCCAUAGCCAAGAUUGCUGAAAGAGUGAAGUUGUCAAAGACAAGAUCAGAGUCUUCAUCAUCUGAUAGACCUGUCUUGGGAUCAGAAAUCAGCAGCAUAGGGGUGUCUAGUACUGUGGCUGAACAUUUGGCACAUUCCCUCCAAGACUGCUCAAACAUCCAGGAGAUCUUCCAGACUCUGUAUUCGCAUGGAUCUGCUAUCUCUGAAAGUAAAAUCCGAGAGUUUGAAGUGGAGACAGAGAGAUUAAAUAGCCGUAUUGAGCACUUGAAAUCCCAGAAUGACUUGUUGACAAUAACACUGGAAGAGUGCAAGAGUAAUGCUGAGAGGAUGAGCAUGCUUGUUGGGAAGUACGAGUCCAAUGCCACGGCCCUCCGGCUUGCAUUGCAGUACAGUGAACAGUGCAUAGAAGCGUAUGAGCUGCUGUUGGCAUUGGCAGAAAGUGAGCAGAGUCUUAUUCUUGGGCAGUUCAGAGCUGCAGGUGUUGGUUCUGUUGGGGACCAGACAGGUGAUGAAAAUAUCACCCAGAUGCUUAAGAGAGCGCAUGACUGCAGGAAGACGGCUGAGAAUGCAGCAAAAGCCUUGCUGAUGAAACUAGAUGGAAGCUGCGGGGGAGCCUAUGCAAUCACUGGCUGUAGCGUGCAGCCCUGGGAAAGCCUGUCUUCCAACAGCCACACAAGUACUACCAGCUCAACCGCAAGCAGUUGUGAUACGGAAUUUACGAAAGAGGAUGAGCAGCGGCUGAAGGAUUACAUCCAGCAGUUGAAAAAUGACAGGGCAGCAGUGAAACUGACAAUGCUGGAGCUGGAAAGCAUCCACAUUGAUCCCCUUAGUUAUGACGUUAAACCUCGUGGAGACAGCCAGAGGCUAGACCUGGAAAAUGCGGUCUUGAUGCAGGAACUUAUGGCGAUGAAGGAGGAGAUGGCAGAGCUCAAGGCACAGCUUUACCUGCUAGAGAAAGAGAAGAAGGCAUUGGAAUUGAAACUGAGCACUCGAGAGGCCCAGGAGCAGGCCUACCUCGUCCAUAUUGAGCACUUGAAGUCUGAAGUGGAAGAGCAAAAAGAGCAGAGAAUGAGGUCUCUCAGCUCAACCAGCAGUGGAAGCAAAGACAAACUGGGCAAGGAAUGCAGUGACGGCACCGCCACACCGUUAACACUAGCUGAGCUGAGACCGUACAACGAGAGCGAACUGACUGCUGAACUGACAAGCGCGCUCCGGCGGGAGAAGAAACUGAAAGCUAGAGUGCAAGAGUUAGUGAGUGCUUUGGAGAGACUCACAAAGAGCAGUGAAAUCAGACAUCAGCAGUCUGCAGAGUUUGUUAAUGACCUUAAAAGGGCAAACAGCAACUUGGUAGCAGCUUAUGAAAAGGCAAAGAAAAAGCAUCAGAAUAAGCUGAAGAAACUGGAAUCGCAAAUGAUGGCCAUGGUGGAGAGACAUGAAACCCAAGUAAGGAUGCUCAAACAAAGAAUAGCUUUACUAGAAGAAGAGAACUCUAGACCGCACACCAAUGAAACUUCACUUUAAAUGCGUCUCUUCUAAAGAUGCUUAGUGCCAUCACAAAUUUCUUUCUUUUGGAAGCUCUUAGGUAGCUUCAAAUGCUUACAGCUCUGACUGUCAAUGCUGACACACUUAAGCACCUUCUCUGGAACCCCAGAGAGGUGCCAAUGGGGAUAAUAUGUGUUAACCUUAAGGACUGUUUCAUAAUGUAAAAUGGCAGUGCCUGAAUUAUCAUGCUAUAAUUAUGUAUGUUGUCUGUGUCAUUAUGUCUAUAUUCAUACAGCUUCUCUUCCAUUUUAUCUAUGUCACAUGGGUGACAGUGUCACAUAGCAAAGUAAUUCAUGUUAAGAGGUUUUAAUUAAUUUGGGCAGUUUGGAGAUAAUUUGAGAGUUUUCCCAAUCCCUGCACACAACUCUGUAUUAUACCCUCAAGACUCGCUGCUGUGGUUAAACCAAAUAGGCAGCUGCAGUGGGGAGACGAUAGGCUGGCUUGCGGGUUUUUUAGCACGAUACUUGCAGUACUGUCACUUACUGUGCAGAUCAGGUAGGAAAACUGUUGAUUUGGGGAAAAAAAAACCAACACCCACCACCAAACAAUCCAAGAAACUCUAGCUGCAUCUCUGAAAACUAUGAUAGUGGUGUAUUUCUUACAGUUUGUAAGAGGACUAAAGACUGUGAGUUUCACCAUGCCAGUCUGUGCCAAUGUUGGGUAACAAAUUAUAGGAGACCUCCUGGUAUUUACAUUGCAUGGUGUUUGCAGCUAUUUCGUGAAACAGUUGGUUUUUCUUGUUAAUGCAUUAUAGCCAAGGUUUUCUUGAAGAAGCUGUGCCAUUUUUGUCAUGUGUUUAGUGCUUAUUACAGCUUUCUAUGAUCAAGAGGUAGAAUGUCCUUUUUAUACUUGUUUUGACCAAAAAAGGUACUUAUUAGGAAUGUACCUGUUUAAUAUUGAAUACAUAGGCACAAAACUAUAAAUGUGUAGGUGUAUGGAUAUACAGCCACAAACAGAAUGUGAAUGGUGAAGUCUUCAUACAGCUGCUUAGGUUAGUUUUUGUUACUGCUAACAUUCUCUUCUUUUGCUUAAGCUGCAUCACGUUACUGUAUUAUCAAACUGACUGAACUGAAAAUGUUGGCCUAUUAAUGGUAAUGAACAUGAAGCAAAACGUGGCAAUCAGGCUGCUUUCUCUAGGGAGCAAAAUACAGGAGUCUGCUGUAGCUCCUCUUUUGUUCAGAAUUUGCUUCUUUUUGAGUAUGUAAAACAGCGUCCAUGUUUAUUUUAACAUGCCAAACCAGAGUCUAUUAACUUUGUUAGCCUGUUGCCCUGUUACACCUCUACUUACUAUUUUUCAGGCUCUGUUUUCAAGUGAAUGUGAUUUCAGGAGUUGUCUAUCCUUUUUGCAUUACAUGUUGGGUUGCACCUCAAAUUUUACUAGUGUAUUUAGAAUUAUGAUAACUUCUCUCAUUUAUUCCUCCAAUUUCUAGUACUAAGAAAAUAUUUUUAGAGGACUUGAACCAUUUUUGUCUACAGCAGCCAGAAUAGUUAUGGGGAUUUUUGUUCAGAAUAUGGCAUUAUUGUUAAGUCUUGGUUACAUGUGAAACCGUAGCAGCCGGUGUUCAUGACACCUCCCAUCACUGUAGCUGCUGUUCUCCUUCCUUAGGGUGGUGAUUCCUACUUCUCUAGAGUCUGAUACACCAGCUACAAAGCCAACAUCAUAGGUGAUUGAUUGCAAUAGCAAGCUAAUACAAUGGUGAUUUCAAAAUGAAGUCGUAGGUAGUGAUAGCCUGGGAUUGGUUUUGAUCACUCCUUUCUCCAGGUAACUGCACUUCUUAAUUUAUAGUGCAAAUGGAAAUUUUCGCAAACCAGUCUGCUGAGGGAGCAGGCAUGUUGAUUUCUUACCAUCUUUACGGUUUUGUGAAGUACCUGCCUAUGACGACGUACCUGUCUAUGGCAUCUCCCUUUUUUGGCCAACAAGUUUCGCACCAACAGGAAUAUGGGGUUUUGCCGUAAGCUUCAGCAGUAGCUGAUCGUGUUUGUCUCUGAAGAAACACAAAGAAAAUUAUCCACUGUGUACUGUGGCAAAAAUGCAGCUACACUUUUGUCUUCUUGCAUCUGAAAACACCCAUGUAACUUGAGGUCAUCUCAAACUGUCCAUGUGAAAUACCUUUCACUUAAGGUGACUAGAAACCACUGCUGCACCGGAUUUCCUCUUAUGCUCAAUUUUUUCUGUUUCUUGGUUGCUAGCGGAGCUGUUAAACAUAAUACAAUGAAGCUUAAAGCACUUGAAUUGAAACCUGUCUGUAAAGACACAAAUUAAGCAAGCUUAAAAUGGUUUCACCCGGGUUUAAAGGCAUAAAAAGCUGCAAGUGUCCAUCAGUGCCUUUUUCAGGCUGAACAAUUUGCCGAUUCUGCAUAAACCAAACAUUGUUCUACUACAUUCACUGUGUAUCUUCCCUACCAACUGUGCUCUAACAGUGGUUUAGAACAGAUUAUAAAUCAUCAGUGAAUGUAAGCCACUCCCCCUUUCCUCUCAUAGGGGGGCUUACAGAUGAAAAAGCAAGACGGCUAUGGUACAGCCUCAGCAGUAGCUACGGUUUGCCAGACCACCAGUUAUUUUUGCCUAAGCAAGCAGCUCCUGCUUCAUUUGCUGGCAUACUGGAAAAGGCCAGUGGGGAAGUGGUGAAAGGUUUACUGCCAUUGUGAAAACUGUUUAAUGUUCACAACUGGCUGCAGUUCCAGUGUACCUGUUAGAAACAGCACCAACCCUGAGACUAAAUGCCAAAAAACUUAACUCCUUUUAGUUGGCUGUUUGAAAUACCAGCACACCAGCCUAUAGACGAGUGUGCAAAUCACCUUAAGUCACAGCAACCUAACUCACUUAACGUUUUUUGCAGAAGUAGUAUGUUUGCAAAGCAAGAAAAAUAGGUUGUUCUUGCCAGCAGAACCUGAGUUGUUCACUCGUUAAUUAAUUUUAAGAGUGUUUUUUUGAUUUUCUAAGUCACCGAGGUGCAUGAAACUUUGUAUUUCACAGAGUGUUCAGGAAAAAAAGUACUUUUUUUCUAAUUAAAUGUAGAAAUCUUCACCAGCUUGAAUGUACUGUUAGCUGUUGCAAAGCACAUGUGACUAAGUUUGCAUUAAUGUCAGUAUUGUUCUACUGGUUUUAUUAGGAUUUUUUUCCUCCUGUAAUUUUAGAAACUUUUCACCUUACUGAAUUAGCUUUAAAUGUGUUGUGCUUUUUAGUUUCCUAGCUGCUGUAAAAUAGCUAUUUUGUGUUUAUUUGAUAUAGAAUUGUAAAAACUGCAUUUAUUUAUACAGAGACAUUUAUAAUACUUAUUUUACAAAUGUUCUUAUAUUCUGAAUAAAUUUCUAAUGCUGUUUCUUUGCCUCUGGGGUUGCUUUGCCAUACCAUGUCAUCUUACUGUUGAAUGGGUCUGCUUAAAGGUACCACCACUUAUCUCCUCCAAGGUAAGUUAUUGAGGGAGAUGGUAUGACACUUGUCAGGAAAGUCCACGUAACAGGGACAUGAGAAGUUGGUAAGAACCCACCAGCUCUCUGAUCAUGGCUUUUAGCUGAGCUCAGGAACAUUAGCACUUGCCACAAGCCUUCUACAGCUUCAGUGAACACUUCAUAGAAAUGGAAGGGCACAUAUGAAACCGUUUCCACACAUCCAGUUCUUUUAAUAACAAGUUAUAUGGACUGAAAAAAAAGGCUAUUUCAUAAAUACUUUAAAAGCACUGAUUGAAGUUCAGGUACUUCCUUUCUCCAGUACAUCUAACACCUUUUAAAAAGAUUUUUCUGCUUUCCACUGUGUCUGAUGGGCCCCUCAUCCACCUUUACAAUUGAGUUUAAAAAUAAUACUUCUUUUUCUAGCACUAUAUAUAUAUAAUCAGUGCUGCUGAUUGGCUUAAGGCAACAUUUAAACAUUCUACAGUGAAAGAAUAACCUGCACCAGCAGCACAGGCUUUACAUUUCACACUGAUCAGCAAUGCUUAUAUUCAUACUUUAGCACUUCAGUAAGUUUAUGUAUAAAGUCAUUUAAUUUUACAGACAAAAAUUACAGUGUAGAAGAAAAUGUCAAUUUAGUCAUAGCCUCUUAAAUGGUGUGCUUCAGUUUCUGAACAAGUAAAUAACAAAAUCACAACCAUCAGUACAACAGAUGUUACAGGUAGUUACAGAUUUCAUUUACUAAAACUGAAGAGUUGACUAAUGCAAACUUUCUUCAGGAUAACAUAAUGGAAAUUGAAUAAAAUCUGUAACUUUACAUGGUUUUAACCCCACUAGCUGCAUGUACUUUCUACUUAACAAGCACCGAUAUGCCACUUACAUACCAGUGAGGAAAACAGAUCAAGUUCUUGAGCUUUAAACAAACAAGAGGAAGACAUAACUCUUCAUGCAUGAGCCAUAUAAUAAAAAACUGGCUCCCUAUUUUCUGCGAGGCAUGCAAUGCUGCACAGAAAAGCGUUCUCUUUGGGCAGCAAUACCUGAGUCAGCCUGGGUCCUGGAACAUGUACAGCAAUCUAGCAUUAUGCCAAAAUUAAUGAACAAAGCCCCACCUUCUUCUGUGGAGUCCGUUUUGCUUUUUAAUGUUAAAGUGCCUUGCAAACCCAGCUAAACUGCUCCUCAGGGCUGAAGUACAGCUUCCACAUGCUGCAGUGCCAUGCAGAUGUAGUUAAGUUAGUUACUUAAAGAUCCCGGUUUAGGUAUAGGCUUGAGAAGUAGUUGCUGAGAGCUCUUAAUCAUGCAGUUUUGCAUAUUUUUUCCUGCAUAACAAAAAUAUAUACCCAACCAGUAAGAUAUAAAUGGUUUGUCUCCCUAGUUUGAGCAAAAUUACUAAGCAUGCUUAAAAAAAUUCGCAAAGUAAGUUUUUCUCACAGUGGGAAGUGUGUUGUAGAGAACUGAGUUUGCAGUCUCCAUAUUCUUGAAAAGAUAAAAAUGCCUUGGUUUAAAAUGAUUAAUGCUCCAUGAGCUGUAAUCAUUCUCUUAAAGACACUGAACUGUAACCCACAGUGGAAACUGGAAGCUAGUUCUUCUGAUCAAUGAUAUAAAUGCUUAAAAAUGACAAAAUACUCAACAGUGUUUUCAGUAAAUUUCAUAGCGGGCCUAUUCAAAUUUAAACAUUCUGCACCCUGUGAAAUUUUGGUAAUUACUUAAAAGCAAGCUUUCUUUUUUUUUUCUGCAAGUAUUGAAGGAAAAAUUGACACUUUUACCUCCUUCCCAGAAGCAUCCCAGAGCUGAGAACAAUUUAAAGAUAAGGGUAAAACUGAUCCUAUACAAUGUUAAAUGUAGCAUAACCUAACAUUUUCAAUGAAAAGACAAAUUAAACCCCAAGCAUUUAAUUUUAAUGUACUAAUCCAGAAUAUUUCUUCUUGUAUCAUUUUGAAUAUGGCCAAUGUAAUUCCUACAUAUGUUGUCUUCCUUAUAAGUUCACAAUCUACUCGAAACAGUGAAAUGCACACACAGCACAAAUCCUACUGCAUCUGUCAGUGCUUAUGUACAGGAUUAAGAACAGUGCAAAUACUAGCAUUUAGCCUACUUUCAUUCUUGAACUACACUAUUGCUAUAAACGCAUAAGAACAAAAUUCUAUUAUGCAAGAGUAGUGACGUUUCCAAGCCUAAUUUACUGUAAAAGCACCUUCCUUCAGUUAGUUUGUAGAAAUUUACCGUAUCUUAAAUAAUUUUGGUUUCUUCAGAAGCUGAAAUACUGUAAUAACAACAACAAUCUGAAAUUAUGAAGUCAUGUAUAAGCACCACAUUAUUUAACAUUUACAGUGCAAGACUUAAUUUCUAUAAAUAAACUGAUUUUAAAUCAACAAGAGAGGCUAUUCUACCAGAUCUCAAUAAUUUUGAGCUUCCUAACACACUGAAGAAUAUAACCUCCUAAUUUAAAAGAUGAAGGCACCUGACUUUACCUCUGAAAAAAAAAAACGAAACCUGUUGCUCAAAGUUUAUAAAAAAUAGGUAGCUGAGGAUUAAACGGCCCAAUGACCCAACAGCUGGACAGCUAGUCACCUAUGGAGCAGCAGCACCAUCUUGCACCACAGGAUAUUAGAGCUUGGAUUCUUAGACUCUUGCUCUUCAUACCAGAAUGACAUGAGUGCUGCUAUAAACUGCAAAUCAACAACAGCAACUCUACUACAGAAAGUAAAAGUUGGAAAAAAUAACUUCUUAUCUGAAACUACAAUCUGAGGGCAAGUCUGUUCAGAACAGCCAGACCCACAGCCUGCCUUGUUUUAAAAAGGAACUGCUACAUUCGUAACAGCCACAGGUAGGUGGAAGAAAAACACAGUAAAUAUUGUUCUCAAAUCACCAAAUUAAAUCAGGAAGGUUCCAGCAUAGCACAGAAGCCUGGAACAGUGACUAGGCCCAAAAUUUUAUUAGAAACUAUGCAAGUUUGGUCUGGAGAAAUUACAUUGUGUUAAAAAAAUACUUUGACUGUGCAAUAAAUAAAGCUCUUUCCCCUCUUCUUCCCAGUACCACUGUUCCAGACUUCAAACUAUGUAAGACACAGCUACUGUCAAAAGCAUGCAUGUACGUCAAGGAGUUGAAUUUAGUAACAUUUCAGCACAGAACAUACAUCAUUCAAUUAGGCGGACCACUCUUCAGUCCGAGUUCAAAGUUCUGAGCAUUCUGUGAAGGAGAGAUGCUAAAAAUCUCACACUAAAGCAGGGAGUUUCUGUAGUACUAGAACUGCAAACUAGUUCUAGGUUCCCAGCACCCACACAUUUGUGGGUUUUUUUGUUAAAUAUUUUAUUCCACGAGUUCUUCAAUUUCAAGAACACUGAAUGAUCACAAUGUGAAUAACCUCUUACAGGCAAGCAUUCUCAAACUGAGCGAUAUUUGUUUUUCAAGUAUCUGGACAUCAGCUCUCAAGUUUGACAUGCAGUUACUUGUUUCUCUGUGUCUAGCUCCCAUAAAGUAAAAACUCACAGAACUAAAUUCUGUAUCUCAGUUGUUAUUUCUUCACUGUUUUACAGAAGAGAAUGUAAACUGUACUUCUAAACUUAGAAAUAUACUUAAUUAAAGGAUGGUGAAAUAAGAACAUAAACAAUAGUAAACAAUUCAAAAUGUUCACAGUGCAGGGCAUGAUGGAACCCAUAAGGUUCCAUCUCAUGCCACCACACCUACAUUAUUUUAGAAACCUUACUGAGAAAGCAGAAAGCAAUGCUACUACAAGAAACAGUACCCUUAUACAAAGAAGUAAGUUAUUGCAUAUUUAUCACAUUUAUUUGCAACUCACAUUAAGGCUAGAUUUACUAAAUCAUGACAUAUGUAUAAGCCCCACUUUGGGCUGCUUAAUGAAGCAACCAAUUUCUCCUACACUGAACUAACGUUUCACUAAGAAAAAGAAAAGAAUGACCCAGUGAAUAUAGAGAGCAGCCAGCAUCUCCUAUUCAUAGGAUGCUUCAUUCUAAAGACUUCUUUGUCUGGGACUGAUUUCCCAAACAGCUGACAGAAGCUCCAAGUUCACUGGUUCAUCAACAUCCCCUUUAUUUCUCAUAGCACUAGAUGAAACAUAACUAAAUUAUCUGAAAAGUCAACUUACUUAUUAAAGAUUUCCACAGCCUGAUAUUUAAUCAUGCCUUAGGAGAGUCUCAUUAACUCCACAGGCAGUAGCAGCCUCAGGAUAUGAAUACAAACUUCUGCCUCACCGUGAGUAAAGGCACUUUUGCUGGGAAAUCAACUACUUGCACUAAAGAAGUAACUAAAGGUUAGUUUUCACCUGAAGCUGAAUAACAUAACCUGCUCCAGCAUUAUCCCACCUUCUCAACUACUGUUCUUCACCAUUUACUGUUUUGCAUUGCCUUUGGAUACUUUUUUUUUUUUUCCCCCUACGCAAAGUGAGACAAAGCUAGAUUGAGCUAUUUCACAAUUUGGUCUUGAAAGACAAGGCCCUCAGGACUCUUGUCCUCCAGAAGGAGGAAAUGCUGCAGCUUGUUUCUCCUGUUAACUGAUACAAUAGUCCAGCCUUCCUAUCACCAAGAUUAUUACAGCAUUAGAGUCCCAAAUCACCUGGUACCAGGCAGGUAAAUAAACCAGGAGAUAGUUCUAAAGCUAUUUCUGAGGAAAAGCACUAGGUAACAGAUCAAGUAGGGUAGAUGAAGUUGGGUGGUUGAAGGAAGACCAGGAUUGGAGCACCUCUCCUAUGAGGACAGGCUGAGAGAGUUGGGGUUGUUCAGCCUGGAGAAGAGAAGGCUGUGGGGAGA